GAAGUUACGCAGCCCGGAGCAGGCACGGGGAUAAAAGCUCCGCUGGGGAUUCAAACGGGACCGCAGCCUCGGCGCUAACUUGAGAAGGGAGCCGGGCAUCGAGCACGGCUCCGGCUGCCCUCCGCGGGGGGGGGUUCCCCCCGGCCCCGAAGUUGGCGGCUCCGCCGGGAGCCCCCCCGCCGCAGAGCUCCCCCCCGGUGCAGCCUGCUAAUGAACUCCCCUUUUGCCCUGAUCAUGCAACAGGAACGAGACCUCAGGUAGCAGCAUGACUUGGAGCUGAAGGCUUGGGAACUCAAUGCUCCGUUGCCUAAAGGCACAGUCAGACAAACCUCCGUACGCCAGCGCCUCACCACUGCUGCAAGGAGCAGAGGGAGAAGCAGCGAGGACAGCACUGCUCCCACCGAUGCGCUGAGCGCCCAGCAGCCUGCUCAGACCCCUGCAGAUGUCGCCCCCCGACACGGUAACGCCGAUGCCGUCACCUUCUGGGAGAAGGGGAGGUUAGCCCCAUACAGUCUCUCCUGCCAGAGCCGUAUUGACGACCAGAUGCUGUAGUUAUCUCACAUAGUAAUGUUCAAAAGCCCCAGUAAUUAUUUCAAGCAGACCCCGGGUUAAGGCACUUUACCCAGUGACGCAUCUGCAGCAGACAAGAAGGUUGAGGAAAACCUGAUCCAGCACCAUCUCGCAGCCUCUCCAAUUUACUGCUAUCAAAUUUCAUCAGCGACUCAGAACUUGAUCUUUCUAUUGAUUGACUGGAGUCACCUCUAGAUAUUUUCAUGCUGAUUUGGAAGCCCUUUCAUACAAUAAAAGCAGAAAAAAUGAGGUUAAGGAAGACUUUUGACCACUGAACAGCAAUUCCAGCCAAAACUUUCCGAAUCGAGUAAUUUGCAAAGUUGGCUUCUGCGCCGAGAGAAACUCUCUGUGCCUGAACACGGCAUACAAAGCGGGAUCGUUCCUGUCCUCACCUUGAUCUCCUUGGACUGGAUCAUCUUUAGAUGAGGAGUUUCCAUGCUGAUCCUGAGAGCAACCCCUAGCCCAGUAGCUGCCUUCCUCAGGACUCUUGGCACUGCCCCUGCCCUGGGAUCCCGCACUCGGCCGCAGCUGCCAUGCUGUACCUGCUCGCUCUCCUUCUGCACCGUCUCCCCUUGGCCAUGGGACAGUAUGACAUUUGCAAGUCCUGGGUGACCACAGACGAUGGCCCGUCAUGGGAGUUUUACGCUUGUCAGCCCAAGGCCAUGCGGAUGAAGGAUUAUGUGACAGUGAGAGUGGAUCCGGCAGGCAUCACCUGUGGGGACCCUCCGGAGCGGUUCUGCACCCAUGAGAACCCGUACCUGUGCAGCGACGAGUGCGAUGCCUCCAACCCUGACCUGGCCCACCCGCCCAAGCUCAUGUUCGACAGCGAGGACGAAGGGCUGGCCACGUACUGGCAGAGCGUGACGUGGCGCCGGUACCCGGAGCCACUGCUGGCCAACAUCACGCUGUCCUGGAACAAGAGCAUCGAGCUGACGGACGACAUCGUGAUAACCUUUGAGUACGGCCGGCCCACCAUCAUGAUGCUGGAGAAGUCGCUGGACAACGGGAGGACUUGGCACCCGUACCAGUAUUACGCAGAUGACUGCAUGGAGGCCUUCAGCAUGCCAGCACGGAGGGUCCGGGACCUCUCCACCACCAGUGCCAACAGGGUCCUCUGCACGGAGGAGUAUUCCCGCUGGGUGGGAUCCAAAAAGGAGAAGACUGUCCGGUUCGAGGUGAGGGACCGCUUUGCCAUCUUUGCUGGCCCCGACCUCAAGAACAUGGACAACUUGUACACCCGGCUGGAGAGCGCCAAAGGGCUCAAGGACUUCUUCACCGUGACUGACCUGAGGAUGAGGCUGCUGAGGCCAGCCCUGGGGGGCACCUACGUGCAGAGGGAGAACCUGUACAAGUACUUCUACGCUGUCUCCAACAUUGAAGUCACCGGCAGGUGCAAAUGCAACCUCCACGCUAACCUGUGCACCUUCAAAGAGGGCAGCCUUCAGUGCGAGUGUGAGCACAACACCACGGGGCAGGACUGCGGCAAGUGCAAGAAGAACUUUCGCUCCAGGUCUUGGCGAGCAGGAUCCUACCUGCCUCUCCCCAACGGGUCCCCCAACGCAUGUGCAGCUGCAGGCUCAGCCUUUGGCACGUUUGAGCGACCGCAGCGGGUUAUCACUGCAAAAACGACCACCGCAAAAACCACCACCACAACACCCACCAGCACCACUACCACCAGCACCACCAGCACUCCCCUACCUGCCACCACCACCACCCAACCAGAAGCGAGCAUCAUCAGACCAGCCUCUGAGCUCGCUGCCUCUGUGCCCGUCAAAGAGAGACAGAAAAAAACAGUGGCCCCGAAGAGCAAAGCAGGGCGCACAGCGCACACUGCAGGCAAGAAGCACAAGAAGAAGCCAGCACCCUCAAACAUCUCCAAACUCAUCCGGCUCAAACCAGACUCUGGCCCAGUGGCUCCUAUCGAAACAUAUAAAGACUGCGAGUGCUACGGCCACUCCAACCGCUGCAGCUACAUCGACUUCCUCAACGUGGUGACCUGCGUGAGCUGUAAGCACAACACGCGGGGCCAGCACUGCCAGCACUGCCGCCUGGGCUUCUACCGCAACAGCUCGGCGGAGCUGGACGACGAGAAUGUAUGCAUAGAAUGUAACUGCAACCAGAUCGGCUCCCUGCACGACCGCUGCAACGAGACCGGCUACUGUGAAUGCAAAGAAGGUGCCACGGGGCCCAAGUGCGACGACUGCCUGCCCAACUACUACUGGAGGCAGGGCUGCUUCCCCAAUGUCUGUGAUGAGGAACUCCUGCUCUGCCAGAACGGCGGCACCUGCUACCAGAACCAGCGCUGCGUCUGCCCUGUAGGCUUCAAGGGGGUCCUGUGCCAGCAAUCGCGGUGCGAAGUUGACAAAAAGGACUGCGACGGUGCCCCCAGCGCGCGCGCCAGCCUUGGCACCGUCCUCCUCGGCGUGCUCGUCCUCCAGCUGUGCGGCUUCGUGGACCUCUGAGGCCUGGGAGGAGGGAGCCCAGCCGAGGCACAUCACCCGAGGGACCCGGGGAGCCUGAGGUAAUGGGUGGCUCUCCCCACCGGCUCCUCCGCCUUCCUUCACGCUAGGACUUGCACAACGUCUUUCGGUCCACUUUCCAAGCAGAGAGGUACGCAGAAAACCAGGGGCCGACUCCUACCCGCGAAACCAUCCCGGCCGUGGCCGGGGCAGCCGCAGCACCGUGCCGACUGCCGAGCAGCGGUGAAGGGACUGCACCAGUGCACACCAGUGCACACCAGUGCCACGGCCCCGCAGGGACCCGUGGCUCAUCCUUCCUCCCGCGCAGCGAUGCUCCUUCCCUGCUCUGCACAGGGCAACCAGGGGCCACCAGGGCCCUGGUGAAACAGUGCCGCGACCCAAGGGAUUUUUUUUUACGAUUAAUUUAUUUACUUUGGUAUAGGCUGGGGUGUUUUUUCUGUUCCUUUUUUUUAAAAACCCUCUUUUAGUGUCCUAUUUUGAAAGAGCCUGUCAUGGUACCACCAGAGCCUCACCACACAAGAGGGAGGGAGGGCAGAGGGGGCUCUGGUCCAUCCUUGCUGCAUAGUCUCACAUCCCACUGGCGGCCAGGCCAUCCACAUGCUGUUCCCUACAGCUCCAGUUGCUGCAUUGAUUUUGUAUUUCAUUGACGGGUUUUGUUUUCUUGCACUUAAGGAGAACAUAGGGGGCCAUUAGGCAUAUGGUAUGUGAGGAAUGCAGUGUCUUAUCCACACAUCUCCGUAUAGUGUACGGUUUAAAUACUUUUUUUUUUUUGGUAGAGACUUAUUUUUCUUUGGAUUAAAUGUUAUAAAAAAAAAACACAACUUAAAGGGACGUUUUGCCAUGAGCAUUUGAUUAUGGUGUAUUCUCCU